AUGGUGGUGAAUGACUCAGUGGAGGCAGUGUUAGCAGAAAAGAAAGAGGCAUACAAGGUAUGGCAGCGCACAGCAGCAGCCACAGACAAGCACAUAUAUAGGCAAAUAAACAACAGAGCAAAAAAGGUCGUUACAAAAGCCAAGGAAGAUGCAUGGAGGGUAUGGAGUGAGGAUCUGGAGUCAACAGCUGGACAGCAAAAAAUGUUCAAGAUGGCAAAACAGAUGCGCAAAGAUCAAAAAGAUGUGCUAGGCUCCAACUUCAUCAAAGAUGCCGGGGGACAAUUAAAGUGGAACCUGCUGAAGUGCAGGAAAGAUGGAGAGGUUAUUUUGAAGAUCUAUUGA